CAAAUGGCUGCCUCUCGGCUUGUGUGAUUCGGGUCCGAGUGUUUUAUUUACAUUGUUUACUUUAUUUUAUAAAUUAAUUUUAGUGCGUGUCAUGGCUUCAAAUCAACAGUUUUGUUUGAGAUGGAAUAAUCAUCAAAGUACUUUAAUUUCUGUGUUUGAUCAUUUAUUAGAAAGUGGUACACUUGUGGACUGUACUCUAGCUGCUGAGGGUCAGUUUUUGAAGGCCCACAAAGUUGUUUUGUCAGCAUGUAGUCCAUAUCUUGAGGCCCUGCUGAGCCAACAUUAUGAAAAACAUCCAAUUAUCAUUCUGAAAGAUGUGAGUUUCCACGAGCUGAAGGCAAUGUUGGACUACAUGUACCGCGGCGAGGUGAACAUCUCACAGGAGCAGUUGGGUACUUUCCUCAAGGCCGCAGAGUCCCUGCAAAUCAAAGGAUUAACAGACAGUGGUGCCAUAAGUGAGAAUAGGGAUUUUGAACGUUCCCGUGAGAUGGAUCAUGUGCGGGAGUUUAAUCGAUCUAACCGGUCAGUACCAACUAGUGUUCCCAAAAAAAUGGACAUGAUUUUGAGAAAGCAGCUCCCAAUACUUCCACGACCAAUAUCCCCACUUGUUAAUAUCCCUUCAAAUCUGAUGAUCAAUGCAGAUCAACGAAAGAGUACUGCCUUGAAACAUCCGUUAAUGCAGGAAUUCAAUCAAGGAAGUACGAACAUGCGGAUCAGGGAUGGUAGUGUGUCGCCAACUACCAAGCGGAAGCGACAAUUUCCCCCUUAUCUUCCUCCAUCAGAAGAAACAAACAGUGCUCCGUUACCUGUAGAAAACAAUCAUGAAGAAAAUCAACAAAUUGAUAAAAUCAAAGAGUCUAUUGGAACAGUUCCUCAAAACUCAUCUGAUGCUGCAGUGCCUACUGCUCUUGUAGUUAAUAAAAAACACGCAAAAAUUGAUGAAACGAUUCAAAGUGAAAGUGCGGUCGAAAGUGCAGAGGUCAAACGUGAAGUGAAAACGGAAAACAUGGACUUUUCGGAUGUUGUGCAAAACGAUGACAGUGUCGAGGACUUGACAGUGGACGAAGAGGAGGAGGAAAUGGACGAACUGGACUUGUCAAGACCAGGACCCAGCAACAUGUCUAACAGCCAGGUUGCCGGAAUCCCUUGGCACUCAGCCGGGGAGGGCAAUGGAGAGGACAUGCUGUUAGCUGCUCAGCAAGACUCCCAAGAUGCUGUCCGCUCACUGUUGGAGUGUGUCAAGUGCCACAAGACCUACAGCAGCCCGCACACACUGCGCAGACACGUGCGGCUCGAGUGUGGACAGGAGCCGAGGUUCCGUUGUCCGUACUGUCCGCACCGCACCAAGCAGCGAUACAACCUCAUGCUACACAUCAGCCGAACCCACAGAGAAGUCCUGUCGCAAGCCGCAGUCUCACUGGACAAGUAGAACCGUGGAAGUAGCUACCCAUCGAGUUGUUAAGGACAAACUUUUCAGGUUUCCCGUAAUAGGCCUAAUCAUGAAAAGUACCAAUAAUGUUGAUCUACACAUGCCUUCUAAUAAACUUUUUCACAGCAUUGUUAAAGUUUUCAUAUUUGUGACACAGCAGUGAGUCCUGAAAUAUAAACAUACUCGUAUUAUUGAUGAUCCUGGAGUGAAAUUGGGUUUACAGACAGAUUGUGUGACAGUCGACAUAAUCACUUUCCAUGCAGUGUGUGUAUUCCACUUGUUUAGUCUUCAUACUACCACAAAUGCAAAGUUUUGUAUGGUUGCCUAUUGUUGUGGAAUUAAGCGUCUGGAACACAUAUAUUAAGGCUGCAUUUUUAUUCUUACAAACAUCAGAAACGCAGACAAUAUUAGACUCCCGCCUGUUUAUAUAUAGUACAAAACUGACAUUUUUGUUUUAUAUAAAGAAGUGCCUUGUGUACUGUGAUGUUUGUUGUGAAUAUCAGUUUUGUGAUAUAGGCCUACAUACAAGUUGAUCAUUAUUACUUUGUUGAUUGCUCUUAGGAAGUAGUUGGAAAUGAGAUUUUUACAAUAAGGCUUUAUGACACUUAUUUUACUAAAUACUGUGUCGUAUGUCAAAUUUGUUAUACAAUUUUUAAUAUUCCCAAAGUAUAUCAAAAUCCUACUUAACUGGUCAUUAGUUUUGGAAAUAUUUAUUGAACAUAUUAAUAAAAUGUGUUUGAUCAUUGUCUUCUUAUUAGUUGAUAUUAUUAAAAAGUUUGUUAACUUUACACUUUUACAAUAUAUCAUAAGUAUGGAAGAUGAUCCGUUACACUUUUACAAUAUAUCAUAAGUAUGGAAGAUGAUCCGUUACACUUUUACAAUGUAUCAUAAGUAUGGAAGAUGAUCCGAAUGUUGUGCCUUAUUAGAUAUAAUGAAGUUUUGUAACAUUUUCAUUACAUACAACAAUGAAUGUUGGUUUAGUAAUCAUGAAACAUUGAUGUGAGCCAAAGCAUUCUCCAAAUUUGAUCAAGUUCCUAUUUUAUAGUUACAGAAAUAUUUUGUGUUUCAUUGUAAAAUGCAAUAUAUUGUUUCUAUUUUAAAAUCUGGUUAUUAGUUCUGUUUUAAUUCAUUAAAACAAAUAAUUUUAUAUAAAUGUUAUGUUCUGAAAAUGAACAGACAUGUGAAAGUAUUAUUUCAGUAUUAUGAGUUUAGUUUUAUUUUUAUUUUUUAAUACAUCAAAAAUAAAAAAAAUCACUAUUGUAAACUGGGUUUUUCUGGUUAUAAAUGCAAAAUGAAUUUUUAUAUAAUUUUUAUAUAAAACUAUAAUAUUAUAUAUAUAUAUAUAUAUAUAUAUAUAUAUAUAUAUUUCAGUUCCUUUAACGUUAAUUACAUUAUUUAUUUAUAAUGUUAUCAUUUGAUUGAUUAACACAUUAAACCCUGUUAAUGAGGAAUGUUUACUCAAUCAAAUUGACAGAUUCAAAUUACCUUGAUAAUGUUCUUUCUAAAUUAAAAACUAGACGCACGCCUGAGUAGACAAUUUUAGCAUAAACACACUAAAACCUAUGUAAUCAAUUUAUCUCUAGCAGGUGGUGUUUUUGCCAGGUUGAAAAUUUUUAAUUAUAAGAAAUUAAUUCAAUAAAUCACAUCACCUAAUUUUAGUAAAAUAAUAUAAAACUGAGUACCGCUCUGGAUUUAAAAACAUGUUGGCCAAUUUCACUCUUCACAGUUUAAACAUUUAUUGUAAAGUUGAAUUAUUGCUGUAGGCAGAAUUAUAAAAAAAUCGCUCUGUUAAUGAUUUUAUUGAAGACUGUCAUGACAGUAGUUGAGAGUGGUGAUACUGUUGUUGAGUGUUUUGUAGUUGAUCUGUCAUAGGCUUUUGACUGUGUUAAUGCUUCCAUCCUCAAUAAAAGCUCUCAGAGAUUCAAAUUAAUAGUUUAGCAAUAAUUGUCUCAUUUCAUAAAUCACAGAUUGUUUUCAAAUCGCCAGAAUCAUUUAUACAUAUAAGUGAAAUGUAUGAAUGAAUGAAUACCUUAUACAGAUUAAUCCCAAGUGGCAUACCACAAGGAUCACUACUUGUACCAUUACUGUAUAGCUAAAUCAAUGUCAUAAAUCGGUGAGGAGAACUCAUUUCUUUUAGUUUACAGCAUGAUGUCAUUUUUUUUACGGUUUUUUAAAACUGACUGUGAGUAAGGUUGUGCUAAAUACUUAUCCAUGACUGUUUGGUUUGUAUUUUAAGCCAGCUUUACACUCAGAACUGUUACAUGGAUGGCAUUGGACGGAAAAGUACGUAAGAUACUGUGUACAGUUCUGAUAUUUCCAUUGUUCAUUUAUUAGAGUAAGCAACUAUUGGAAUGUAGUAUUUAAUUUUCAGUGUUAUGAACGAUGUUUCGUUAAUUAUGCGACGUAGGCAGUAAAUUAUUUCUUUGUAAAAUAUUUUGUAUAUAUGAUUGUAAUAAUGUUCAUCUUUAUUAGAUCUCUAGUUGGGUUGUACCAUCUGUUCUAGGUUCCUAAUUUAUGAUUGUAAUAUUUUAUUAUCAGAUUUCUUAUGAUCCUGAAUAAUUUUAAAACUAGGAGCAGCCAGCGCUGUUUCUGGGAAGCAACCUACUGUUCAGUAAUAAUUGCUCAACAAAACUCAGGAUGGCCGUUGUGCUUUAAUAAAAUUAUUAUUCAGUUAUUUUUGUUUCACGUUGUAGAUGAGUUCCUAUUUUGUGUUUUAUUAUUUUUUACAUGUUUGAAACUAAUAGGUUUAUUAAGGGAAGAUACUCAUAAGAUCCUUUGUUUUGUCCUAUUUUUAAAAUGUAUUGUUAUUGUGUUUAUUAAUUCAAUUUUUUUUCAAAUGCAUGAAGUAUAUCUUAUGAGCAUCUAUUACUUCAGUCUUUAUGAUUUAUAUUAAAUAUGAGGCAUGCAUAAAAGGUAAAUUAGUAUUUAAAAUAAAAUGUGUUGAUAAAAAAUGUACAGUUUUAAAUAGUUAUUGCAUUUUAGAACUGUUUAAUCAUUUACCACAAUUAAAUAAACAGGUUUAGAACAUUUUCUGCCGGUGAUAAGAAUUAACUAACUGAGUGAAUGUGUGGCAAGGACAUCCUUCUCAAGGCAGUGACCAUCCAAGAAAUAAGAACAAAUGUGAACAAAUUAAGUUUAAUUUUUUAGAAUUAAAACAAUAACUGUAAGGUAUCUUUGCCAAAAUAUUACAUUUACAUUUUAAAUGUAAUUGCCAUGCAACAAUAUUUUACAACCAUAAACAUUAUGAAUAAACACUCCUUGGGCACCACUCAGUAAAUUGGAAUGGUUUGAAUAAAAAUACUUGGAAAUUGUUUGAGUGUAAGGUGCUGUAUAUCUCUGCUGAGAGUAAGUACAGUUUACAGAUUUCACUAGUGAGUCACUGUUAGGGCAGUAACCGUCCGAUAGUGUUGUGAACAGAGACCUCUUCAUUCUUUCUUUUCUCUACUUCUGUUGUUGGACAAAUUUAUAUUGAACAGUAAUAGUAACUACUUUAUAAAUUCGUUAAAAAUGUUAUCUUAAACAUUGGUGAUGCCUUAGUACUUUGUUCUAGUAUUCCUUAUCGUUUUUAAAUAUAAAAAAAAUAUGCGCAAAUUCAAAUUAUUAAUUGAAGAACAAGUAAAAUUUAUGAAAAACGCAUAGAAAAAAAGCUAGAUAGUAUUGUGUAUCUGUGCACAUGGACACAUCUCAUACGGAUGUAUAAGCAGGAAGAAUAAUUGUAUCUUGUCAUGAAGGGUGCAAUUAGUGUUCAUAAAUACGAUUCUUAUAUAAGAGUGCUGAAAAUUCUAGAUGAAAAAUUAACUGCCAUGCAUCAGUGUAGAGGGUAAAAUUAAAAUUUAAAAAAAUUUAAAUUUAUAUAUCUUUGGCAAUGUUUCUUCUUUUUUCUAGUCACAUUUUUUGGCAAUUUUUAGAUAAAGGUGUUUGUUCUUUUAUGACAUGUUAUGAAAACUUUCUUUUGAAAAAGUCUUCUUGAUUAAGAAGACCUAACUGUUUUGUUUUAUUUUUUUCUAUAAAAUACUUGAACAAAAUCUUGAAAAAUUGCAAAUGUUUGAUUUUUUGUUUCUAAUGUAUUAAUUCAUUUUGAGUAAUGUCAUUAAUUUUUAAUGUGGACAAAGCUCUUCCUUUUAAAGUAACCUACUUUUCAUCAGUUUUACCUGUGGUUACUACAUUUUCCUUGAGUUGUCCAUGGAGGCACUUAAAGUUUCUCAGUUGUUAAACAAUGUUUGAUGCCAAUUGCUUUCCCGUUUAAAUGAGAUGUGGCACUGGUUUUGUAAACUUUCCUCGCCAUGUACUGGUUGAUAACUCCAACCCAGUCCUUUCCUUGUCACAUUACAUUUUUGUGUACCACCUUUCAGUAAUUACUACAGACUGACGAUGAAUGUCGUCUGGUCUAAUUCAUCUUGCUGUCAGUGUGCAUAAACAUACAUACAACAUACUCGAACGUGCCAAGCCAAAUGCAAAAGAAGAAUGAAAAGCCACAUACACACAAUGGUGAUCAACUUGAGUUUACUUUUUAAACAUGUCUCAUCAACUUUAAUAAGAGUGUAAAUCAAAUAUUUUUUUACAAUAAAUUCUGAUACUGCUCGUGUCUUUUUACAAAUAAACCAUUAGUGUUUGUUGUCAGUGUUUUAAAUAAAGAGUGUAAUAAGUAUUGAGAUUUUAAGGAAUAAAAACAAGUACUUAAAACAGCUUUGAAAUAAAACAAUCAUUGAAAAGUCGUACUAUGUUAAUUUAUACUGUCAAAUAAUUUUUUUUUUAAGUACACUUUUAUUUAGACAUGAAUGUAGGACUUCAGUCUUGGUUUGAUUCUACAUUAAAAUCACAGAGAGAUAUUAAAUUGUAAAAUAACGGUGUCUUACUUGGAAGCCAGUUUUGCUAUAAUUACAUAACACUGAUUAAGUGUCAACUUCAUAUUUAAAUGUUUAGUGAUAUAAUAAAUGUUCUAAUUUUGGCAUUUAACUUGAUUAGUUAAAUUAAUAGACUACAGAUUAUGGUAUCCAGCAAUAAAAACUGCAUUUAAAGCAUUAUGGACAGUAAUUUUUUUAUUUUCAUUUUUGCAUUGUUUAUUGUUUGUUGGUUUGAAAUUUGAAUUAAAAUGGCUCUCUAUAGUUAGUAUAGGUUAACAUGUAAGAGUCAUAUUUUACAUGUAUAAUAAUGAGCUUGUAAGAUGUUUUAUUUGAGAAUCUUAGCCUAUGUGGGCUGUGAGAACAGUACUCUGUUGUAAGACAGCAAAAUACUAAUUGUAAUAAAAAUAACUUGCCAAGAAUCAGUGUUUUAUUUGAGAAUCUUAGCCUAUGUGGGCUGUGAGAACAGUACUCUGUUGUAAGACAGCAAAAUACUAAUUGUAAUAAAAAUAACUUGCCAAGAAUCAGUGUUUUAUUUGAGAAUCUUAGCCUAUGUGGGCUGUGAGAACAGUACUCUGUUGUAAGACAGCAAAAUACUAAUUGUAAUAAAAAUAACUUGCCAAGAAUCAGUGUUUUAUUUGAGAAUCUUAGCCUAUGUGGGCUGUGAGAACAGUACUCUGUUGUAAGACAGCAAAAUACUAAUUGUAAUAAAAAUAACUUGCCAAGAA